UCUCCUCAUAUAUCUCUUUUGAUAUGCUAAGCACCAUUUUUUAUCCAAGAUUAUUGCAACCACCGAUCCAAAGUUGCAAGCACCGUCACCGAUUUUUUUUUUUUUUUUUGAGAGAGGGUUUUGGGGGGAGAAAUGAAAUCCUUCAACGGAGAGGUGCAUCUGUGUGCCAGAUUUCGGACUUAGUCUAUUGAAACCAACCAAUUAGUCUAUUGACAAAAUCUAACAAACAGGUCGCAAUGGCGGCAAUCGCGAAUCCCCUAGUCUCCGUUAGAGGCCCCCGAUUCCAAGCCCUCUCCGGCUAUACUUCGAAGGUGUCCGACAAGUCUCUUGUUGUUUGCCAUCCUUUGAGCGUGUCGAUUAGAUCCCUUCGCCGGCGGAAAGCAGGAGCUGCAGGCUGCAAUGGCCAUUUUUUUCUCCGACCAGUUCACAGGGAGAGUGGAAACCUAGGCAAUGCAGUCUUCUUCAUUGGAGGCUUUGUGCUGGGAGGAAUUAUGGCUGGAACACUUGCUUGUGUUUAUGCACCUCAGAUCAGCAAAGCACUAACUGGAACUGACAAAAAAGAUCUAAUAAGGAAGUUACCAAAAUUCAUCUACAAUGAAGAGAAAGCUUCAGAGAAAUCGAGAAAGGCACUGGCGGAGAAGAUUGCACAACUUAACGCCACCAUUGAGGAUGUUUCUUCUCAAUUCCGACCAGAUGAUGAGCCAAAUGGAGUGGCUGUGACUUCCGACGAGUUUGAAGCUGCAAAAUAA